AUGGCUGAUGACAGUAAUAAUGUUCAACAUGAAGGAGGAGGCCAAGAUAUUAAAGGCCCAAGGACACAAAAAGAAAUAUUUGCUAAGUGCAAUGGUGGGAAAUCUUUUUCCAAGCUGGAUUUGUCAGAAGCCUACCUCCAGUUAUUAGUAGAUGAAGAAUGUGCUAAAGUAUUAACAAUCAAUACUCAUAAAGGUCUCUACCGUUUCAAAAGACUGCCAUUUGGUGUAAAGGUCGCACCAGCAAUAUUUCAGCAAGUGAUGGAUACUAUGCUUGCAGAUUGUGAGUUCGCGGUCCCAUACUUGGAUGACAUAUUGAUCAAAAGUGAAUCAAGGGACCAACAUAUAGAAGAGGUUUUUAAACGAAUAUUUGAUUACGGGUUUAAAGUAAGGGAGGAUAAAUGUGAAUUUUUCUCGACAAAAAUAAACUACUUUGGACAGGUAAUCGAUGAAAACGGACGGAAACCGGACCCUUCUAGGAUCGACGCGAUAAAAAAAAAAUGCCUGCUCCCACUAACAAAACAACACUACGAGCAUUUUUUAGGUUUGGUAAGUUAUUACCAGUUGUACAUACCUAAAAUGUAUGUACUAAGAGCUCCGUUGAAUAAGUUGCUAAAGAAGGACUCGAAAUGGAAUUGGACAAACGAAUGUCAGAAAUCAUUCGAGGAAUCAAAAAAGCGGUUAACUUCAGAGUUAUCAUUAACUCAUUUCGACCCAAAUCUGAAAAUAAUUGUGGCAUCAGAUGCCAGUGAAUAUGGUAUAGGAGCUGUGAUAUUGCAUAGAUUUAAUGAUGAGUAUCCCCACGCACUCAGUAAACCGCUUACAGCGGUGGGGGACUACUCUGUUGAACUACGAUUUCCAGAUGGAGUUUUUGCCAUCAAUGAAAAUAGGACACGCAGAUGGGAGUCUAGGCUAAUUACAAAAUAUGAGGAACCUUUUGAAGACACGGUGAUUGCAUCGUUAAAACUAGAAAUGGAACUGAAGAAUAUUUUGUGCAAUGUAGUACGUGAUUUGCCGGUAACGCUGGAAGAAAUUAAAUUAAAAUCGAGAAAUGAUAGGUUCAUAAAGAAGAUUUUUAAAAUAUUGUGUAACACGAAAAAUAUAAAUGAGUGGGACGCAGGUUCAAAGCACUAUUCAGUAUGUGAUGAGGUAUUAUUAUAUGCACAAAGAAUGGUAAUACCUAAAGCACUGCAAAACAGAGUAGUAAAAGACUUCCAUGUAGGAUAUCCGGGGAUUGUCCAGAUGAAGAGCCUUAUGAGAAGUUACGUUUAUUGGCCAAAUAUGGACAAGCAAAUUGAGAGACUGGUAAAACAGUGUAGGGGAUGCGUCAUGGCAGCAAAGGCGCCCCCAAUGCAGAUUCAGCCGUGGCCAAAAACGGAUUCGGCAUGGUCUAGACUAAAUGUGGAUUUCGCAGGACCAAUAAAUGGCUCUCAUUAUAUCAUUGUGGUGGAUAGCUAUUCCAAAUGGCCUGAAGUGUGUAAACGUUCAAGGCCAACCACAAGUGUGACGAUUGACUUCUUGGAAGAACUGUUCGCUCGGUAUGGAGUGCCAGAUACGAUCGUGUCAGAUAAUGGGACACAAUUCACGGCGAAGGAUUUCGAAAGAUUCUGUAAGUCGGUUCAGAUGAAGCAUGUGUUAACUCCGCCAUACCAUCCAAGGUCAAAUGGGUUAGCGGAAAGAUUCGUCGACACAUUCAAGAGAGCUUUAAGGAAGACCAGACGGGAAACCUUUGAAGAUACAAAUAUGACAAAGCUUUUGCAGGUGUAUAGAACAAAACCGAAUCCAAAUGCAGAGUCGGGUAGGUCACCCACAGAUCUGAUGUUUUCCAGAAAAAUUCGUUCUAUUUUUGACAAAUGGUUACCGAGUAGGAAACAGAAAGUAGAAAAUUCGGGAAGGAAAACGAAAUUUUUUAACACAGGUGACAAAGUGUAUUUUAAAAUAUAUAGUAACGGAAAACAGAACUGGGAACAAGGAAGUAUAACUGGACGUCUGGGUAACGUGAUGUACAUGGUAAAAGGACCAAAAUAUGAACACAGAAGGCAUUUAAAACAAUUAAAAAAAGAUAUACCAAAAACCAAGAGAGGCGAGAGGAACAAAUGGAUUUAUGGUAUGAUUUGUUCGAGGUCCCAGAAAUACAAGCGAAAGCGGAACCGACACUUAGGUCGAGUAGGAAGAGAAAACCUCCAGAAAUGA